GCAGGAGCAGGAGGAGGGGCGGAGGAGGAGGAGGAGGAAGCAGAAGCCUCAGACUUAUCGUGCAAAAGUGCGACCCCGUCUUCACAGAGCAACGAUUCUUUCGCUCCUCGAGAUAAUGGAGGGACAGCAGUUCUGUUUACGUUGGCAUAACUUCCAAAACACAUUGCUUAGCUCGUUACCAAAGCUACUCGAUGGAGGUUACUUAACCGACGUGACACUUAGCGCAGGUGGAAGGCACAUUCAUGCACAUCGACUAAUCCUGUCCGCAUGUAGUUAUUAUUUCAAAGAGCUAUUUAAGGAUUUGAAUACACUCCAACAUCCUGUGAUUAUUUUGCCUGGAAUGGAAUAUGCUAAUCUAUGCGCUCUCGUUACAUUUAUGUACAAUGGAGAAGUUAAUAUUUAUCAAGAGCAGCUACCUGCAUUGUUGGCAAUGGCGGAUACAUUGCACGUUCGUGGCUUAGCGGAUAUUGCUGGGAAAGCAUCCAGGUACGAAAAUAAUCCAACGGUAGAUCCACCAUCUUCGCUCGAAGAGAAAAAUUUUCAUUUAGUUGAAAAAUUCGAAUCGUCUACAAAAACCGAUCCAAAGGAACACGAAGAAAUCUUAACGCCUGAGCCCCACGAAGCAAUGGAACCCAUUGCUACAGACUUUCCUGCAGAAAGAGUCGAACGAAAUCUCGAAAUUGAAUCUGAAUCUAACAAUGUUAGCGAACUUAAUGAUCUCCCAUGUAGUGUUAAAACAAAACCUUAUUAUUCCAUCAACGCUAAAUUAAAUCAGCGAGAAAAGAAAUCAAACUUCAAAAUUGAUAGCGGACACUCGAGCAAUAUUCUGAAAGACGAUUGCCAGAGUCCCCUUUUAGAAAAUGUAAAACCAUUGUUAACGGAUACAAAUUUCAAGUCUUUUCUCAGUGGCUCAACGACUAGUCGAGCUUCUCAAAGCUGUAACAAGACGAGCGUCACUUGUCUAAUUUGUGGAAAACAGCUGAGUAAUCAAUAUAAUUUACGAGUUCAUAUGGAAACACAUAGCAAUAGCUCAUACAGCUGCGCAGCUUGCUCGCAUGUGUCUCGUUCUCGAGACGCAUUAAGGAAGCACGUAUCUUAUCGACAUCCUGUAAAUUCUGCGCAAAAGAAAGCAAGAUAUAGUUCAUCGAAGCCUUAGAAUAUGUAAAAAGACUUUGAUUGCAGUGUAAAGUAUUUUCAUUAGAAAAGAAUCCUUUCCACUGACACUGAAAACGUAACUUCAACAAAUUUGAACGUUGUAAGAAUAGAGGUCAACAAAGGUCAUUUUGACUAGAAAUGUUCACGGUGAUAGUGAAAUGACAUUGCAUAAAAUGAGAAGAAGAAAAAAAAUGGUGAAUACAUCUUACACUGUGGACAAUUGACAAAAUCCAGUAUGUAGAACAACAAUGUGAUGUCAAUGAAGAGAUUUGAGGUUAUGUUUGUAAGGAGAGGCGAACAAAAGUUCCUUAACGACCCCCUAGUGUUCAUAUUGUUAUUGCUUGUUUGCUCAAUUGUUAUCGUUAAUUUUUUUUAAUAAGUCGGAUCUCGUUUUAAAAAUAUUAUUUUAAUUGUGGAUGGUUAAGAAUUAAUCUUGAAAGUUUAAAUUUGCUAUAUUUCCAUAGUUCAUAAAAUUGACAGCGAUACAAAAUUAGUUCAAUUAUUUCAAUAAAAAUUACGGAUUUACAGUUCAACGAAUAGA